AUGGGUCAGGGACGCAAAAUGCUGAUGGAGGGGAAAGGGGAGGAGGAGAGGAGGGAUGAGGGGAGGGAGGCGAGGAGGUUGGAAGAGGUGGGGGUGAAUGGGAGGGAGUGGAUACGUGGCAGUGUAGAGGAGAUCCACGUGGGAGAGCACCAUUCGAUGAAAUAUGCCGUGCUCAUUCUGAUCUGCACUCUCAAGAGUGUCUCAGUCUCCCAGUCUUUUGAGGCGCCUCAAAAGCCUUUCAGCCUCUCAGUGUCUCAGUCUCCCAGUCUUUUGAGGCGCCUCAAAAGCCUUUCAGCCUCUCAGUGGCUCAGGAAACACAUGCGGGGGUGGGUGGGAGGCGGGCUGCAGGCGGGCAUGGAGGGGGAGGACGUGGUGGUGUAUGAGGAGCAACCGGGGGAGGUAGUGGAAACACAGGUGGCGGGGGGAGGCAGGGUGCACAUGGGCAUGGAGGGGGAGGACGUGGUGGUGUAUGAAGAGCAACCGGGGGAGGUGGUAACUGCCUUUACGCAUGCCCCGUUCCUCCACAACAUCACGCACUGCUCCCCCCCCAUCCACGGCCAGGUAUGUUACUCCCCCUCCUGUCCUCCCACCUCUAACGAGCGCAUCAACCAGCGGAUGGAUCUGCACAUCCGCAUGGGAGUGGACCAUUUCGAGUUGUGGGACGUCUCAAAAAUCACCUACUUGCAUGAUCCCGUGCGCUCUAUUCAGGUCAUCUCGGAGCGCAUCUACCAGUGGAUGGAUCUGCACAUCUGCAUGGGGGUGGACCAUUUCGAGUUGUGGGACGUCUCAAAAAUCACCAACUUGCAUGAUCCCGUGCGCUCUAUUCAGGUCAUCUCGGAGCGCAUCUACCAGUGGAUGGAUCUGCACAUCCGCAUGGGAGUGGACCAUUUCUCCCUGUACGAUGUGGGCGGGGUGGACCCACAGUUGCGAGCGCUGAUUGCGCCAUUACUGGAUGGAGGGAUAGCAGAGGUCACGGAUUUUCGCGACCUGGUUAACUACGAGUCCUGGUAUCAUGGGCAGGUGAUGAUACUGAACGAGUGUGUGUAUCGCUUUCGCCGCCUCUCCAAGUGGAUAAUGUACCUUGACUUUGACGAGUUCAUGUUUAUUGAUGGUCAGGAGCGUGUGCCCACGCCGCUCAGCGUGAAUCACUUCCUCAUGCCCUACGAGGGAAUGCCCUACGUCACCCACGGCAGCCUCUGGUGGGACUUGGAUCGCUGCCUGCCCUCCCAAGGCCCUGACGAGCCCAGGUGGCCGCUGGAGCGCAUGCUGUGGCACGGGCCAGGGGUGUUUUGUAAAGCCAGGGACAACCACACCAAGCCCACCAUGUGCCUGGACCACUACGGCCACCGCAAGCUUUUUGUGGACCCCAGACGGGUGCGAGCAGUGAUGAACCAUGUGGUUCAGGAACCCACUAUUGGCGGUGGGGGAGCAGACCUGUCUACGGACGUUCUGAGACACCACCACUUCCACGUGAGUGCUUUUUGGCGUCUUGUGUUCUGA